AUGAAGAAACUCUCAUCGCUACGGGGUCUGUCAGCAUUGGCACCGCGCCGCCAAGAACAACAAUGCCACGUGGAGCUGGCGAGCUACAAUGCUAAACAGGUGGAAUACAUGCGAGAGGCAUGUAUAAGUGUCGACGAGAACGACGACAUAAUUGGAGCGAUUAGCAAACGGGAUGCUCACAGUUCGCAGCAGUUAACCCUCCAUCGCGCCUUCUCCGUCUUCUCAUUCACCAAGGACAACAAACUUCUUAUGCAGAAGCGAAGUGCUGAAAAAAUAACAUUUCCCAACCUGUGGACCAACACUUGCUGUAGCCACCCCCUUCACACACCACAAGAAAUGGACGGUGCCAUUGGCGCCAAACGAGCGGCAAUUCGAAAAUUGGAUCAUGAGCUAGGCAUAACUGAAGUGCACACGGAUCGUCUACAGAUGAACGGACGAUGGAUCUAUCGAGCGGAGAUGGAUGAGGCGCCAUGGGGAGAGCAUGAGCUGGAUUACGCGUUGAUUUUGAGAGGAAUCGGAGCAGAUCACUGUCGAAUCAACGAGAACGAGGUGGCCGAGAUCCGAGAAGUCGGGAUGGAUGAGUUGAGGAAUUGGAUGGAGCAAGAACCCUCCUCAUUCACUCCAUGGCUCAAAUUGUUCUCAAAAACCAAGACAUUCGAGAAGUGGUGGAGUCAGAAGGCGUCGACAGCGGAAGACAUGAAGAUUUAUAAAUUACACUGA